CCGAGCGCUCGGAACCAAGACCGCUUUAACCUUUUGCCAACGAUGAUUUAAGUGAUCACGUCAAGUGGGCACGGCGUCGAACGGAAGGUCUUCCGACCCCGUGAAGCCACGAAGAGCUCUCGCCCUGACUCACUGGUGCGGCCUCUCUCCCUAACCGUCGGCCAGAUCGGUCUCAUCUGCCGAAAGAGUAUUCCGUCUUUGGGGCAGUCUGGUUAUCUCUGCCAAUGCCAUCUCAGCACUUCACACCAGUGGCGCAGUACCUUGGCAUACUCUGCCAACGUCCCCGCACAAUGCUCUCACGUAAAGAGAGUCAAAUUGGGCGUCAUACGCCCAAUGAGCAUUGGUCUCAUGCCCGAAGCCGCGAUUCUUUUCCUAUCUCAGUGUGGAUGUGAAUGUGGAUUGGAGCUCCAAUUGCGGGGUACGUUGUUGCCCACCGGAGUUGCUCGGUGAUCGGGAUCUGAGUGUGCGGACGGUUUUCCUACUGUUUCUACGUACAUAAACAGAUUCCCCUUGAAGAUUCAUCUACCCCUCAAACUGUUUUGUCUGUCUUGUCAUACACUUCUUUCUUUCUCCAUCGACAGUCAAUUUCAUCCUCAUAACACAGAAACAUGUCUACCGUAGGCAAGGUAUGUGACUUUCACAAGCUCUACUACCCCUCAUCAUACCCAGUGCCCCGCCCUGAACGAGAAGCAUCAUAUGAGAAGACGCGUUGCUGAUGCUAUAACUAGACCAUCACCUGUAAGGCCGCCGUCGCCUGGGAGGCCGGUAAGCCUCUCUCCAUUGAGGACAUUGAAGUUGCUCCUCCCAAGGCCAACGAGGUCCGUAUCCAGAUCUACUACACUGGUGUUUGCCACACAGGUAUGCUCUACCCACGUCAUCGAGCUCUCGUAGCUCUUCAGUCGUGUGAAUCAGCUCAGGAUUAGUGUGUUAACAUGAUUUUAGAUGCCUACACCCUCUCCGGUAAGGACCCUGAGGGUGCUUUCCCCAUUGUCCUCGGACACGAGGGUGCUGGUAUCGUUGAGUCCGUUGGUGAGGGCGUCACCAACGUCAAGCCUGGUGACCACGUCGUUGCCCUUUAGUAUGCGUUUUCCACACCUUCAUCAAUCUCGCAAAAGCUAACGUAUUCUCGAACAGCACCCCCGAAUGCAAGGAGUGCAAGUUCUGCAAGUCCGGAAAGACCAACCUCUGCGGCAAGAUCCGAGCCACUCAGGGUAAGGGUCUGAUGCCCGAUGGUACCUCUCGAUUCAAGUGCAAGGGCAAGGAUCUGCUUCACUUCAUGGGCACCUCCACCUUCUCUCAGUACACCGUCGUCGCCGACAUCUCCGUAGUCGCCAUUGAGCACGAUGCUCCUAUGGACCGAACCUGCCUGCUUGGCUGCGGUAUCACCACUGGAUAUGGUGCUGCUACCAUCACAGCCAAUGUUCAGGAGGGUGACAACGUGGCCGUCUUCGGUGCCGGAUGUGUCGGUCUUUCAGUCGUCCAGGGUGCCGCCGCCCGUAAGGCUGGCAAGAUCAUUGUUGUUGAUGUCAACCCCUCCAAGAAGGCAUGGGGUGAGAAAUUCGGUGCUACUCACUUCGUGAACCCCACCGAGCUCGGUGACCAAUCCAUUCAAGACAAGCUCAUUGAGAUGACUGAUGGUGGUUGUGACUACACCUUCGACUGCACUGGCAACGUUGGUGUCAUGCGUGCUGCCCUCGAGGCUUGUCACAAGGGUUGGGGUGAGAGCAUUGUCAUCGGUGUUGCUGCCGCUGGUCAGGAGAUCUCCACUCGACCAUUCCAACUUGUUACCGGCCGAGUGUGGCGAGGAUGUGCAUUCGGUGGUGUCAAGGGCCGCUCUCAGCUGAACGACCUUGUCGCCGACUACAAGAAGGGUGAUCUCAAGGUCGACGAGUUCAUCACCCACCGCAAGACUCUCGGCGAGAUCAACAACGCCUUCGAGACGAUGAAGCAGGGUGACUGUAUCCGUGCCGUUGUCGAUAUGCAAAAGCUUGAGCCUAAGAUUUAAUGACCCAAAAUGUAGUAUAGAUGAAUGAUCUCAAAAUUUUAUGUUAAAUGGCAAACCGUUUCCCUCUGCACCGGGAACUGCUCUUAUUAUGUGACAAAUUUGAGGACCUUGAUAGACAAAUAAUGCCCUG